AUGAAAUGCGACCUCACCAAGCCUGUCUGUCUGCGCUGCGCAAAGUCGGGCGCGAACUGCGACUACAACGCCCAACUGAUCAGAUGGAGCACACGCGCACCCGUCCGCGCCGCGCCAGGCCUGCAGCAGGUCGUACCGGGGCUGGGCAACAACGGCCUCGAGUGGAGCGAGAAGAGGGCACUCGACUACUUCCACUGUCGCGUCUGGCCGCUGCUCCAGACAUCCGAGGAGAUCUGCCCCCCGCCUCUCCCCGUCGCUCUCGAGCAUCGCGUCGUGCUUCUGGCCGCGUGCGUGCUCUCGGAGUCGCAUCGCAUUCUGCAGAACGGCACUGACCGGGGCUCUACCUUCAACGUCCGACGACUCGAGUGCCUCGCGGCCAUCAAAUCGGAGAUUGACCAUUGCUGCACCGAAGCAAGGGGACUCCCAGGCUCCUUGCUUGUGCUGCUCUUCGCUGUGGUACUACUGCACCUGCACGACGGAUUCCUGGAACCGAACGGGGCCGAUGCGUCGACAGCCAGUCAUCGCCAGGGCGUUACAGCCAUCCUCGCCCAAAUGGGUGGCUUUGUCAGUGUUCUGCGAUCCGGUCCAGAGCCCAUGCAGAUGCUACUGGCCGAGUUUGCGUCCGCCGACUUGACGACCGCAAUGCUGCAAGGUACCGCACCGUCGUACGCCCCUGACAUAUGGCAGGCCGUGGACGAAGGAGCCGUGUGGUGGGGACGUGAUCCCCUCGGACGAGGUUCGCUCGCCACGGUCCUGCGGGAGAUGAGUGCCAUGGCAUUCUACCACGAAUCCAUAGCCCGGGGCGUCGUGGAACUGUCCAUGGACGAGAUCCGUAACUUUGAAGUGGCAUUUGCAUGGGAGAACAUGCCACGCUCACCCCAAACCGUCGUGGACGGGGAGGCUAGUCCACAGGACAAGGUCUACGAUACUGCUGAUGCCGUCCACGCCAUCGCGUUGAUUCGGUCGUUUCAGUGCGCGGCACUCAUCUUCCUCUAUCGGGCGGUCUGCGGCCUACCGACCCACCACCAUCUUGUGCAGACGAGCGUGCAAUCCUGUUUGACGUGUAUUUCGGAGAUAUCCAAGCCUUCCAAGGCGCUGCAUUGUAUCCUGUUCCCGCUGUUUGUGGCGGGCGCGCAUGCGCUGUCAAGUCAGCAGCGGGCGGAGGUCGUGGACCUUUUGGACUUUAUCCGCGACAAGAUGCGUUUUGCCUCCAUCAAGGCCAUGGCAGACUGUGUGAAUGCCGUGUGGGCGCAGCAGCCGACAGAGAUGACUUGGACGGCCAUGUUUUCUCAUUUAGGGGGGCAGGUGCUCAUCCUGUAA